AUGCGCGUCGCCUUCAUCCACCCCGAUCUGGGACUUGGUGGUGCCGAGCGCCUAGUUGUUGAUGCUGCGCUCUCCCUGCAAGAACUGGGCCAUUCGACAAUUAUUUGCACUCCGUUUCAAGACGCGAAUCGCACAUUCCGAGAAGUAGCUCCACCUGCGCCGCAGGUGCCAGUUCGCGUAGUACCGCUUCCUAUUCCUCGCUCGCUCUUUGGUAGAUUACAGGCAAUUCUAGCGGCUCUUCGUUGCGCUCUCUUGGCUGUGUACGUCUGCCUGUUUGUAAGCUUUGAUGUCGCUUUCGUUGACAUCGUCUCCCUCCCGUUGAUUGUUUUUGCAGUGUUUCGCAAACCCGUCCUUUUCUAUUGCCAUUAUCCAGACAAGCUACUCGCUACAUCAUUAGCUCCGCAUUCUAGUCCGUCACGACUCAAAACUUAUUAUCGUCGUUUUGUCGACAGCCUUGAAGCGUUUUCACUGCGCUUUGCGUCUGUCAUUGUAUGCAAUUCUCGCUUUACAGCUUGCGCCUUCGAGAGAACAUUUUCAGGCUUGCCCAAACCAUCCGUGAUUUAUCCAUGUGUGUCAAUCGCAAGCAAAGAACGGGGGAGGGCAACCGAAGAAGGAAUAACAUCGAACGCAUCAAAGUUCUCGAUUCUUUCUUUGAAUCGUUAUGAGAGAAAGAAGGACAUUGGCUUGGCUAUAGACGCAUUGGCUGCAAUGAAACAUCACGAGGUGCGCGGUAAGAAGUUGCACUUGGUCAUCGCAGGGGGAUACGACGAGAGAAUUCGUGAAAAUAUUGAAUACUUCAACGAACUGGAAGAGCUUACCAAGACAAGCGGGCUAACGGAUUCUGUCACGCUUCUGCGCAAUAUAUCUGACAGCGAGCGGCGGAAGUUACUACAAGAAUCACUCGCCGUCUUAUACACUCCAUCAAAUGAACACUUUGGCAUUGUACCGCUAGAGGCCAUGGCCGAAGGGAUUCCAGUCAUUGCCGCGAAUAGCGGGGGGCCUACUGAAUCAAUCGAGGACAGAGUAACUGGCUUUCUCUGUGAUUCGACCGGGAAGAGCUUUGCAGAUGCAAUCACUCUCGUGAUGAAUGACACUGCACUGGCGGCGAAGAUGGGUACUGCCGGGCGUGAGAGAGUUUUAAAUUUGUUUGCACGUUCAGUUAUGGGUAGAGAGCUGCAGAACAUCUUAAUGAGAAUAUGGCCAUCUGGCCGGUGA